AUGUCGGCGGUGCGACCUGUAGUCGGCAGCGGCCUUGCCGGCUGCUGCACGGUGGUAUCGACGUUCGGUGCGGUCAUCCUCGCCAUUUUCGGAUACGGCUUCCAGCACAACUGGCCAGCGCUGAUGGGCAGCACCGAAGACCCCGAGGACGGCAUCGCGGUGGGCCAGACGUGCUACCGUUUGCCCGCUGCCCAUUUCUCCUCGUCGCGACAGCGUCAGUCUGCUCGCCUUGUCUAUACCACCAUCCGAAUCUCAUUACUACAGCUUCAUUUUGUGGUCGGUUGCGCUUCGUCCCCGGAUGUAUGGGAAGGAGCCAAGCGGUUGCUCGAAAGCGUCUGCAAAGCAGCAACUGCUGGUUGGCAGCACGGCCUGGUCGAGGGGACGACGAUGCGAUGGCAGAUCGAGGGAUCCCCUCAAGGAUCGGCGAUCUGCCCUUCUUUCGUCGGCGCUUUGAAAGCCACUGGCCAGGCCAACGCUGCAAAGAGCCGCGGUUAUGAGCAUGCUUUCUCGCAUCUCGGCUUGACUGCUCUAGGCAUCUCGGUUCGGCGUGCGCACAAGCGAUGCAUUCGCCUUGCCGUUCCAUGCAAACACGGCGGGGAAGGAGGAAGACAGAACUCGCCGCUCGCCAAGCCUGAAACCCUGGUCGACUGGUUUGGUGGUGAUGGUGGUGGUGGUGUCCACCUCUGGUCUUCGCGCCCCGCUCGCCAGGCGAACUCGAGCCGCGUCGCUUGCUGCCAUUGGAACGUCACCGCCACUUCGCAUACAGGUAGCCCUCGGAUGCUGCGCUGGCCCGUGGUCUCAGAAACUUCGGGGUAUCCACCAGGCCGGCUUCCAUCGUCGUGGCCACGACUACUUAAAAUCAGGCAGCAUCAACCCUCCGCAGCAACCCUGCAUCCACGACCACGACGCCAACUCUCCUCUUUUCUUUGGAUAUCUUCGACACGACAGAUCUCGGUCUGCUACGCUUCCAUCAUGUCGGUUCUCCUUCCCAAGGUGCAGAGCUCGCUGGAGCAUCUCACAGCCACGCAUGUUGCGCUCGGCUCGGUCAUCGUGUUCGUGCUGCUCUGCCUCAUCGCACCUGACCGCUACAUCUUUGCCUCGCACCGAAAGGGCAUCAAGGAGGUGCCCGGUGCGCUGCCCAUCGUCGGCAACCUCUUCUUCCUGCUCGACAUUGCGUCCAAGCGUCGCCGCUUCCUCGAUGAAUUCCUGCGCAUGCAGACCAGCAUCGGCGCGGGUGGCAUGCCGUGGGCCAUCACCAUGCCUGCGCUCGGCGGCCGCGUGACGUCGAUCAACCGCCCCGAGUACAUCCGCUGGGUGCAGAAGACCAACUUUGAAAACUACGUCAAGGGCCCCUACUUCCAAAAGUCGAUGGGCGACGUCAUGUCGCUCCACGGCAUCUUUGUCGCCGACGGCGAGGUGUGGCGCAAGCAGCGCAAGAUGGCCUCGCACAUCUUUAGCGUGGGCAACUUCCGCACCCACGUUCAGACCACCAUCCAGCGCGAUCUGGGCAAGCUCAACAAGCUUAUGCACGACGCCAGCACCAAAGACACCCCGAUCAACCUGCCGGACCUCUUCUUCCGCUUCACGCUCAGCUCCUUCUCCCUCAUGGCAUUUUCGGCCGACAUCAAGUGCCUGCCCUCGGACGUCGCCUCGCUCGACAAGGUGGUCGAGUUCGCCGCCAACUUUGACUAUGCGCAGCGCGUGAUGGACGAGCGCUUUGUGGAUCCCAUGGCCGGAUUCACCGAGCUCUUCUCCGCACAGGGACGCAAGAUGCGCAGGACGAUCAAGGCACUGCACAACUUUUGCUACGAGAUUAUCGACCUGCGCCUGGCUGCGCGCGAGAGGGGCCAGGCUCAGGCGGCGUCGGGCAAGGGCGACAAGGAUCUGCUGGCGCUGUUCAUGGAGCAGAAUCUGGGCCGCGACGAGCUGCUUCCUGUCGUGCUCAACUUCUUGAUCGCCGGUCGCGAUACCACGGCGCAGGCGCUCGGAUGGCUCUUCUACGAGUUCUCCAAGUCGCCCGAGUGUGUGGAGAAGGCGCGCGAGGAGAUCCACGAGAAGCUCGGCGCGGGCAGCGACUUCCGCAGCAUGGCGUACGACGAUCUGUCUUCGCUCGUGUACGUGCAGGCGUGCUUCCUCGAGGCGCUGCGCCUGCACCCUUCGGUGCCCAAGAACCUCAAGCUGGCCGUCAAGGACGAUGUCAUCCGCCCCUACGCGCAGGGGUCGUCCGAAGCCGAGGUGGCGCCCAACGCGGUGCCUACGACGCAGAAGCUGCCGGACCUGGUGAUCAAGAAGGGCGAGACGGUCACAUGGCAGGACCACACCAUGGCGCGCAUGCCCGAGCUGUGGGGCGAGGACUGCGAAGAGUUCAAGCCCGAACGCUUCAUCGAGAAGCGCGCCGACGGCUCGUUGGGCAUCAAGACGUACUCGCAGUACCUCUUCCACGCCUUCAACGCCGGCCCGCGACUGUGCCUCGGUCAGACGCUCGCCACCUACGAGGGCUGCGCCGUCGUCGCCGAGAUCCUGGGCAACUUUGACGUCAAGUACGACCACGCGGCGCUCAAGAACGACGAGCCGACGUACGACGACUCGCUCACGCUGCCCAUCAAGAACCCCUACCACAUCCGCGUCCAGGCGCGCGACGACUAG